AUGGCGCGGCGGCUGCGGGGCGGCAGGUGCCGGGGCGGGCCGGGCGGCGGUCCCCAGACGGGGCGGGCACUGGCGCUGCUGGUACCGCUGUGGCUGUGGGCGGCGGGCGGCUUUGCGGCUCCGGUGUAUAACCUGAGCCUGGCGGUGGACGAGGGUCUGCCGGCAGAGACGCUGGUAGGGGACAUCCGAGCGGGGCUGCCGGCGGGAGCGGGACCGCCGGGAGGCUUCCUGCUGUCAGAGGGGAGCGGCGAGUCUGCGGUGCUGGCCGACUUCCACAUCCAUCCGGAGACGGGCAUCAUCCGCACGGCGCGGCGGCUGGACCGGGAGCGGCGGGCGCGCUACAGCUUCGCGGCGGCCACGCUGCGCGGCGAGGUGGUGCAGGUGGAGAUCGCGGUCACCGACGUGAACGACCACCCGCCGCGAUUCCUGCGGGACUACCUGCAGGUCAACAUCUCCGAGCUCAGCCCGCCCGGCACCGCCUUCCGCCUCCCGGCCGCCCGCGACCCCGACGCCGGCCGCUUCGGUACGCAGGGUUACGCGCUGCUGGAGGAGGAGGGCAACGCGGCGGGGGAGCCGCCGCUGUUCCAGCUGCGCUACGGGAGGCCGGAGCCGCUGGAGCUGGUGCUGCUGCGGCGGCUGGAUCGGGAGCGGGCCGAGACGCACCGGCUGGUGGUUGAGGCGUGGGACGGCGGCAGCCCGCGGCGCCGGGGCCGCCUGCGGGUGUCGGUACGGGUGCUGGACGAGAACGACAACGCGCCCGCAUUUAGCCGCAGCGAGUACCGAGCUCGGCUGCGGGAGGACGCGCCGCCCGGCACCGCCGUCUGCCGCUUGCGGGCCACUGACCCGGACCUGGGGGCUAACGGGGAAGUGCGCUACGUCAUCAGCCGCCGGCAGAGCGACCCCGACGGUUACUUCGCGGUGGAGGAGCGCAGCGGCGUCCUGCGCCUCCGCCGCCCGCUGGACCGCGAGGCUCGGGCGCUGCACCGGCUGGUGGUGGAGGCGCGGGACGGCGGCGCCCAGCCCGAGGUCUCCAGCGCCCUCGUUUCCGUGGCCGUGCUGGACGUGAACGACAACCGCCCCGCCGUUCGCCUGCUCUACCUCACCGAGAGCGGCGGCCCGCGGGUCUCCGAGGGGGCGAGGCCUGGCGACUAUGUGGCCCGCGUGUCCGUCUCGGACGCCGACGAGGGCGGCGAGGCUGCGGCGGAGGGCGGUGGCGGCGUCGCGCUGUCUCUGCUGGGCGGCGAGGGUGCCUUCGCGCUGCGUCCGGCCGGCGCCGGCAUCUUCUUCCUCUGCGUGGCGGGACCCUUGGACCGCGAGAGCCGCGACCUGUACGAGCUGCGGCUGGUGGCCACGGACGGCGGCGUCCCGCCGCUCUCCACCGAGGAGCCGCUGCUGCUGCGCGUCUCCGACCUCAACGACGAGGCGCCCGCCUUCCCGCAGCCUCACUACCGCGCCGCCGUCUCCGAGGCCGCCUCCCCCGGCACCGCCGUGCUCCGCCUCAGCGCCUCCGACGCCGACGAGCCGGGCUCGCCCAACGCCGAGGUGCGGUACUCGCUGGAGGGCGACCCGACCGCCCUGGCUCUGCUGCGCAUCGACGCCCACAGCGGAGCCGUCAGCACCCGCGCCCGCCUGGACCGGGAGCGGCAGGCGGCGCUGGAGCUGCGCGUGGUGGCGCGGGACGGCGGGCGGCCCCCGCGCGCCGCCGCCUGCCGCCUCAGCGUCCGCGUAGAGGACGCCAACGACAACGAGCCCCGGUUCCAGAGCCAGGUCUACCGCGCCCGCCUGCCCGAGCACGCCGCUCCCGGCCGCUGCCUCCUCCAGGUGAAGGCAACAGAUGCAGAUGCCGACCAGUUUGGUGAAAUUGAGUAUUUUCUUUAUGAUGGGUUCCAUUAUUAUGAAAAAUCCAAAGCAUUCCAGAUAGACCCACGUACUGGUCAGAUCUGUGUGUGUCAAGACAUUGACAGAGGAAGGAGAUCCAACCACUUAUGAUCUUUAGUAAAAGCUACGGAUGGGGGUGGGCUGAGUGCCCAAGCUUUUGUUCGCAUCGAAAUAGAAGAUAUAAAUGAUAAUCAACCUGUUUUUGAACAAGCCACCUAUGUGACAAGCAUCAGCAGUCACACACAGCCAGGAGCAGAGAUCAUCAAUGUUGUUGCAACAGACAGAGAUUCAGGAAUAUAUGGCAUUGUGACUUAUGAGCUGGUCCCAGGAGAAUUUUCUUCUUUUUUCACAGUGGAUGCCUCUACAGGCAUCAUUUACCUGAUCUCAGCUCUUGGUCACAUGCCACGUUCUGCACUCUUCCUGACUGUUUCUGCACGGGAUGGGGGGGGUCUUCUUUCUCCCACCAAUGCAGCUGUCACAGUAAACAUCCUUCAGACUGCUUUGGCCCCUGCCAUAUUUGAGAGAUCCCAGUAUGUGUUUUCUGUUCCUGAAGAUGUACCUGAAGACAGCCCAGUUGGCACUGUAAAGGCCAGAGAGCCUCCAAAUUCUUUAGAAGGGAUUUCUUACCGAAUUUCCUCUGGUGAUCCACAUGGAAGAUUCUGUAUUGACCCCCAUUUUGGUAUCAUCCAUACCAGAAGCCAGCUUGACCAUGAAACUCAGUCAGUUGUGGUGCUCACCGUUCAGUCCCAGUUGGGUAACUCCCCUGUCUACAGCAGCACCCAGGUCAACAUAACUGUGACAGAUGUUAAUGACAAUCCUCCUGUUUUUCUUACUAAAUCUGACAGGGUGACUAUUGCACAUACCCAGCCUCCUGGCACUGCUGUCUACAUUGCUCAUGCAGAAGACAAAGACAGUGGCCUGAAUGGGGUAGUCAAAUACAGUAUUACAAGCAAGCAGUCUAAUGCAUUUAACAUUGAUCCAACCCUUGGAGUGGUAAACCUCACCAGGACUGUGUUUGCAGAUGCACAGCAGGAAUAUACCAUACAGAUAGCAGCUGAGGACUGCGGCAAUCCUCCUCUGGCUUCUGUGCUGUUGUUGACAGUGGUUAUUGAAGAGCAGAAGAUGGGCCCCACUUUGGUUUUUCAAAACUUGGUGUAUCAAGUAGAAAUCAGUGAAGCUACCUCUCUAGGUACCGAAAUCCUUCAGGUCCAAGCUCACACACUCAAUCCACACAGUGUUGCCUCCAAGCUGACGUAUUCCUUAGAGCCUACCAUAGAUUCUGUUCCAUUUGGAAUCAGCUCUCAUACUGGCUGGAUUUAUCUUCGGAAACAUUUGGACUAUGAAUGUGCACAGCUACUAAGUUUUAGAGCCCUAGUUAGCACCUCCAAGGAUGGAAACUGCAGGCAAAAUGCAAGUACAUCAGUAAUAGUUAAUAUCCUGGAUGAAAAUGAUAAUUCUCCUAUGUUUAUGCGUGAAAGUUAUUUCUUUGAAAUGGAGGAAAGUCCACUUCCCAAGGGUGUGGUUGGCACCAUUACAGCUGUUGACAAAGACUCAGGAAGAAACGGACAGCUUUCCUAUUUCCUCUUGUCUGAUGGAAAGUAUUUCAAGAUGAAUUCCAACACAGGUGAAAUUAUAAACUGGGUUGCACUAGAUCGUGAGAAACAAGCUCACCACCAGCUGACUGUGCUAGUGACCGACCACGGGUCCCCGCAGCUGAAUGCCACGGCGGCUGUGUACGUCUCGGUGAGGGACCUCAAUGACAACAAGCCCCAAUUCCCCCACGCGGGACCGGGCCAGGAGCUGCAUCUCCAGGUUUUGGAAGGGCAGCCAUCAGGGACACUUAUUACCACUGUCUUUGCAAAAGACUUGGAUUCUGGAAACAACGGUGUGGUAUUAUAUUCCAUAGAAUCAGAAGAAGAUACAGGAUGCUUCCACAUUGAUGGUGUCAGUGGGGAGCUAAGAACAACCCAGUCUCUGUCACAUGCUGAGAGAUCAGACUACAGACUGAUGGUCACAGCCAGGGACCAGGGGAUGCCUUCACUUCAAGGACAUGCUGCUGUUUACAUCCAGGUAAUCCCAUGUCCCAGCGGGAGAUCUGCUUUCUCUCAAGAUUUUAAACACUAUGUCCUACCUGAAAAUUUUAGACCUGCACAAAUCUUGAAUUCUCUGAGGUGGCCUGACAGUUAUCUCACAGCGAACAAGAAACUACAUUUCAGUAUUGCUAAAGAUUACGAUGAUGUUCAUUUUGAAAUAGAUAGCCUGACUGGAGACCUUUUUCUCUCCAAGGAACUGGACUAUGAAACAACUUCGCACUUCCUCUUGCAAAUUAUUGUAAAGGAUUCUAAUAGUAAUCUUCCACAGAAUGACACUGUCUUCCUCAGUAUUGAUGUAGAAGAUCAGAAUGACCAUUCUCCAUAUUUUCAAGAUGACUUUGUUGUGAUUGGAGUAGAGGAAAACGCACCUGUGGGCACUCUGGUUUACACAUUCAACGCAAAAGAUGGAGAUGGCAGUUUUCUGAACAGCAAAAUAGAGUACUCCUUGGAAAUUAGUAACAUGGCUGAAAAUCCAUUUCUUAUUCACCCUUCAUAUGGCACCUUGACCACAGCAUUUCCACUGGACAGGGAGAUGGCUCGUUCUGUGAUCCUUACAGUGUCUGCAGCUGACCAGGCAAUAAAUCUGACGGAUCGCAGGUUUGAUUCCCUGACUGUAAAGAUUGUUAUUUUGGAUAUCAAUGACAACAGUCCCAGUUUUACAUCUUCACCUCUUUCUUAUGUCAUGGAAGAUGCAGAGGUGGGCUUUCUGGUGCAUCACAUAACUGCAAAGGACCCUGACGAGGGGAGAAAUGGACAAGUUACAUACCACAUUCUUUCAGGCAAUGAAAACAAAGCAUUUGUAUUGGAUAAACUCACAGGAAUCUUAACUACAGCCCAAGUUUUGGACCGUGAGCUUGAGGAGCACUACAGUUUGACAGUGAUGGCUCUUGAUGAUGGCAGCCCAGCUCUCUCUACCACACAGGUUCUGACCAUCACUGUUCUUGAUGUGAAUGAUGAGACCCCAGUAUUCCUGAAGCAAGUUUAUGAGACUGUGAUACAUGAGAACCAAGAUCCAGGAGAGUUUGUCAUCAAGGUGGAAGCUGUGGACAGAGAUGCAGGACUGAAUUCCUUGCUUCAGUAUGAAAUCUUACCAGGAACUGGCUAUGAGAAAUUCAGGAUAAACUCGGGGAGUGGAGAAGUUGUUUCAACUGCAUCACUGGACAGGGAAACCCAGGAGAUUUUCAGUAUUAAAGUUCUGGUUCGAGAUAGUGGAACCCCAUCCCUGUCGAGCACAGUGACAAUUAUCUGCAGAGUGCUGGAUGAAAAUGAUCACUCUCCCAUGUUUCUUCUUCCCAUGUCUGAGAUCCAUAUUCCAGAGAAUCAACAGCCUUCUGUUCUUUACAUUAUCCGGGCUGUGGAUAUGGACUCUGGCAGUAACGGAGCUCUAAGAUACAGAAUAAUUGGUGGAAAUGUUGGAGAAUACUUCACACUAAAUAACACUUCAGGAAAGCUGCUGGUCACUCGUAGCCUAGACAGAGAAGACGUCAGCAAUUUCACUCUUGUAAUUGAGUGCUGUGACCUAGGCAGCCCCUCAAGAAGCUCCACUGCACAACUCUCUAUAACAGUCUUGGAUGAAAAUGACCACCACCCAAUGUUUGCAAAGACCCAGUAUCAAAUCUCUGUAAGAGAAGACCUAGAGGAAGGUUCAGCCAUCCUGGACCUCGUUGCUUCUGAUGAAGAUGAUGGUCUGAAUGGCAAAGUUACAUACUCACUCAUUGAUGACACCUUUGGAGCGUUUGCUGUCGACAGUGUAACAGGGUCUAUAGUUACUACAAACACACUGGACCAGGAGACCAAAUCCCAGUAUACAUUUAGGGCUGUGGCAAGUGACUGUAGCACCCAUAUGCCAAGAAGCACCACUGUCACUGUUGUGGUGCACAUUGAUGAUGUCAAUGACAAUGAUCCCUUUUUUUUGCAGAAUCCCAUCAGGGCCUUUGUACAUGCUGAAAGCCCUGUGAAUGAGACAAUAGCCACUGUCAGAGCAGAGGAUGUAGAUUUGGGGCCAAAUGGAGAUAUUGUUUAUAGUUUGAUGGUACCUGAAGCUGUAUUUCAGAUUGAUGCAAAGACAGGUGACAUCAUUCUUCAGGAGCCCCUGGCUUCCAAAGACUUUAGUACCCACCUGCUGGUGAUGGCUUCAGACCAAGGUAUUCCACCUCGAACAGCCACAGCUAUGGUUGUUAUCUUUACAGAGGAACAAGAAAAGGAGAUUUUGUUCAGCAAUAACCUGUAUGAAGCAAGUGUGCCUGAGAACAGUGCAGCAGGGACAUCACUUCUUACUGUAGAAGCUUAUCAACGCAAAUUUACUGGAGAAGACUUAAAAUACAGCAUCUUCAAUGACAAGGAAAACAUAUUCUCUGUACACCCCCUUACAGGUGCAAUCACAGUAAAAGAGCCAAAAUUUCUUGAUUAUGAAGUUAAGAAUAAAAUACAUCUUACAGUUUUGGCUGAAAAUAGCUUGAAUUCAGCACUCUGUGGAAUCACCAUUUUGAUAGAAGAUGUGAAUGACAAUGUACCUAAAUUUGAGCAGAACUAUUACAAAGCAACAGUAUGGGAAGGCCAAAAUCCAAAAACAGACAUCAUACAGGUAUUUGUAACUGACCUUGACAGUGGGCUGAAUGGAGAAGCUGAAUACUCCAUUUUAUCUGGUAAUGAAAAUGCAACAUUUCUUAUUGAUUCAGCACAAGGGGUUUUAGCAACUAAUGCAGUCCUAGAUCAUGAGAACACUUCAUCUUACAGGUUGGUUGUACAAGCCGCUGAUAAAGGAAACCCCAGACUUUCUGCUACAAGUAUUGUAAGGAUACAAGUGUUAGAUGUUAAUGACAAUGCUCCAGUUGUCCAGCCACUAGGUGAAGUGGAGGUCCCAGAAAGUGCCCUGCCUGGUUUUAUUGUGACUCAGGUGUCAGCAAGUGACGCGGACUCUAGGCCAGCGCUUCAUUUUGGUUUUAUUUAUGACAAUAGCCCUGGACUUAAAUUUGCAAUUGAUCAACACAGCGGUGUAGUCACAGUGGUGGAACCAUUAGAUUUUGAAGAAAUUGCUGUCUAUAACCUGACAAUCGUAGUUUCAGAUUCUGUACAUCAAACAGAAGCAGAACUCACCAUUCUUGUUUUGGACAUCAAUGAUAAUCCACCAGUAUUUAUUCAGGAUUCAUAUCAGGUGAGCUUGCCAGAGCUCACUUCUUUGGAUACCAUCAUUCUGACAGUCUCUGCUGUGGACAGAGAUUCACAGCACAAUGGAAUGAUUUUCUACAAAAUCCUCUCUUCCUCUGAGGGAUUCUCCAUUGAUCACAGGAAUGGUUCAGUGUUUGUUACGGGACCAGUGACACAGCUGCAAAAAAGUUGCAUUAUUCAGCUCCUGAUAGAAGCCACAGAUGGUGGCAGUCCCCCUCUGACUGCAGUUACCUCCGUAGAGGUGCACAUAGAAGAUGUAAAUAACAACGCCCCUCAGUUCACAAGGGUCCUGUAUAAUCUCAGUGUGAGGGAGAAUGCCUCAGUUGGAGAAAAUAUCCUUACAUUUUCAGCCACUGACUAUGACUGGACACGGGAAAACACCUAUGUUGAAUACUCUAUUAUUGAUGGCAAUGCUGAGAAUUUAUUCUCUGUGGAAACAAGUGUCAUGGAGUCAGAAGCAUCCUACAAACUUGUUGGCAGUCUUGUUUUGAGCAAAGUUCUCGACAGGGAAACUGCUGCUUCUCACCAUUUGGUCCUCCUUGCCUCUGAUCGUGGAUCUCCCUCCUUGAAUUCAACUGCUACUGUGCUGAUAACUGUGCUGGAUGUUAAUGAUAAUCCCCCAGUAUUUGGCAGCCCAGAGUACCAUGUUCAGGUCAGAGAAAGCAUUCCUGUAGGUAGCCACGUGGCUGGAUUUUCAGCAGAGGACUGGGAUGCAGGAGCUAAUGCAGAUGUCACUUAUGCUAUCGUCUCUGGGAAUGACUGGGGACAUUUUCACUUGGAUGGGAAAACGGGAUCCCUGGAUUUGGUGAAAGCACUGGAUUAUGAGGAUACCAUGAAAUUCACUUUAAUUAUCCAAGCCACAGAUGGGGGAGCUGAUGUAAGAAAUGUGGCUUUUUCUGUUGUUCUUAUAAGCAUCCUAGAUGACAAUGAUUAUGCCCCUCUGUUUUUGUUUCCCAGUCUGAGCUGCACCAUCAGUGAAAAUCUGCCUCCCUUUUCUUUUGUGUGUGCUGUUAGUGCACUGGAUUUUGAUAAAGGCUCCUAUGGACACCUUACCUACUCCAUCCAAUCUUCAUGUUUGGCUCAUCGUGAAGCUCCUAGGGACUGCAACAUGUUCUUCAUUGAUCCUUUGACAGGAGAUGUUCAUACAAAGCAAAUGUUUGACUAUGAAAGUCAGAAUAGGUACUGUUUUAUAAUCCAAGCAAAAGACAAAGGUGACUCACUGGCUACCAUUACAGUUCAGGUAGAUAUUGAGGGGAGAGAUGAAUUUGACCCAGUGUUUACACAAGAUCAAUACUUUUUUAAUCUCCCUGGGAAGAAUGAAGCAGGCCAGUUGCUUGGCAGGGUGACAGCAUCAGACAACGAUGGUGGAUUGGACGGAGUUGUUCAUUAUUCCCUGCUAAAAUCUUCUCCGUUUUUUUCUGUGAAUCAAGCCAGUGGUAAUAUUUAUUUAACUCGCACUGUUCACAGAAAGAAAAACGGCAGCAAGAGAAAUUAUGACUCCCUGGAAUUGCUGGUGAGAGCUCAUAGCCCCAAAAUUGACUCCAAGUUCACAGUAUGCACCGUUUGGGUAAAUGUUUCCAAUUCUGAGAGUUAUGCCAUGGUGCCAGCAUACAGCCUGAUCAUUAGCAUUUCAGUCUCCCUCAUAGUGUUCCUACUGCUUACGGUCAGUCUUAUUGCUCUUAUUCUGAGAUAUAAGGGGAAAGAUCUGAUGAACUCCUGUGUGACAAAAGAAUCUGUAUUCUCCUCAGCUGCUGGUGGGAAUUCAGCCAGCACAGAUAAGGGCUGCCAGCAAAUUCAAAGUACUGAGAGCAGUAUGCUUCCCAUGGGUGCUAUAGCAGAAUGGCUGAGCCUAGCAGGAAUCCAAGAAGGGAAAGGCGAUGGUGUCCCCUGCAGGCAUUCAGACUCCAGUGGCCAUAGAUCUGUCGAAGGAGAAACUGCAGAGGAUGAGGAAAUCAAAAGGAUCAAUGAGCAUCCUUGCAGAAAGAGCAGCAGCUCGGCACUGAGCGGGUGUGGCUCACGGAUGCCAGAUUCAGGCAUCCCAAGGGAGUCUGAUCAGCUGUCCUGUCAGUCUGGAGAAACUGAUAUUGUGACUAUCACACAAAGCAUGGAGAGCAUGCAGGCCAUUAAAGGAGAAGAUGGAGAAGAAGACUAUGACACAACCUACAAACAUACACUGCUGUCUCAAACACUUAAGAAAAUUGGACUUGAAGACAUAAUGACAGACCUCACACAAGAAUAUGACUCGAUGUCAGCUAGGCAGGACUCUGGGUGUGAUUCGCUCUCAACAUAUGGUACCUCUGAUGAUGAUAUCAGAGGUGGUUAUAACUGGGAUUAUGUACUCAGCUGGGAGCCUAGAUUUCAACCUCUUGCCUCACUGUUUAAUGAUAUUGCGAAACUGAAAGAUGAAAAUGUACACAUUUGUAGCUUCUGUAAGGAGAAAAAAUCGCUUGUUUUCCCUCCUCCCUUGAUAACAUCAGUAGCUCAGUCUGGCAUAAGGACAGUGCCACCACAAAUGCCAGAUACAGUAUCAGGGCCAGCAUUUAAAAAAUACCCUCGUUCUCCCCUGAUGUAUAACCUUGGAUACCCUCCACCAACCAUGACCCCCAGUUUUUCUCCUUCUCUCUCUCUACUUACCGUGCAGACGCCCACUGCUUCUCCUGUAAUUUCUGAUGGGAAAAUAAUUGGAACAUGUCUUAUUGACCCAAGCCAUGAACUUACAACAGAGGAAGAAAUUCAGGUCUAG